AUGGAACUCCCCAGCCUGGACCUCCUCUCCCGGAUCAGCUUCGCCCUCGCAAUCCUCACAAGCGUCUACUUCAUCCGCCGCACAAACAGCGAUCCCAACCCUGCACCGAAUGGAAUUGAGCGUGGAAAUCGCAAGGACAACGGCAGCAUCGCCAAAUCCGACUUCCUAAUGACUGCCGGCAACGAACUCACAAUGCGCCGCCACCUCAACUUCCUCACAGCCGUUGGAAUCUACCACGCCUUUGUCGCCGGCCUCCCGGACCAUCAGCGCACUGCCCUCUGCCCUGCAUAUACGGAUACCCCCAGUCCUAGUCCUAGUCCUACUCGUGCAGCCAACACCUCCCCCAGCGUCAACCCAGCCCUCUUCACAUGGACCCCGUAUACAGCGACCACAAUCGCAGUCCUCAUCGCCGCCGCCCUCCUCCGAGUAGCCGCGUACACGAACCUCGGCACCUCGUUUACAUUCCGCAUCACCAAGCCCCCCGCGGGGCUCAAGACGACCGGAGUGCACCGCUACGUGCGGCACCCGUCGUAUACCGCGUUUCUGAUUGUCGCGGCGUGUGUGGUGAUGCUGCUCUUCCGGGAACAGGGGCUGGUGGGGUGCUGGUUUGGCAGUGGGAUUGCGCGCGUGGUUGAGAGGGCGGCGCUGGGUUGGGGGUUUGUGGUUACGCCGGGGCUGUUCUGGGCGAGGGUUAUGCAGGAGGAGGAGUUUUUGGCGGGCGUCUUUGGGGAGCAGUGGGGGGUUUACUGUGCGAGGACGAAGAGGUUUAUUCCGGGUGUUUUUUAG